GCCACAGACUACAAUUUCCUCAGGACCCAGUAGAAAUCCACGGAGCACAUGGUCGUGAUUCUUGCAGGGUAUGGCGAUCGUGAGAACGCCUGACCCCGUGGGUGAAGCUCCUGCACCAGGAUCGUCAUGCUGACCUCCACGGCGAAAGAAGCACCCCGACCCUUUUGGGUCGUUCCGACCAUGCGCUCUCCGGCGCUUAUUUCUGCUUUUGUUCUUCUCUGUUGUCCCUCGUCUUCGUGUGCGCAUAAAAUCGUCCAGCGAAAUCAUCGGGGUCUUCCUCGUCGAUCAUUCAACAAAACGCCAGAAGAUGACUCGUCCGUAGAACUCAACAUAGCAUUAGGAUCCUCUGACGCUGGCGGUGGCGCUGCAUCUGGCGGAAAUAGAACUACAACCUUUCCACUCUGCGAAGAACAUUCGCCUCUUCAAUACGACUGGAAAGCACUCUUACGAACUGACGUUUAUGAGCGAGAUACUGAAAAAGCAGCCAACGGGGGGAGACGUACGUAAGAUUUCUUACUGCUCGUUUCGUUGUGAAGAAUAUUUUUCCAAUUCAUCUCAUAAUGAAAAUGAUUGAAUGAAAUUUAUCAGAAAUAGAGGUUUCCCAACAUUAGAUCUUUAGUUCCGAUAACAUAAACAUUUUAGGAACAUCUUUAAUUUUUCACUCGCUCUAAUACCUUUACUUAGUACUAAGAACUUACCCUCAACAUCAACCCCACAUACAACAGUGACGAAGCCAGAACAGCAGUUAUUCUACCUGUUUGAGUGCGAGGCGGAACUUCGUUUACCUCUACGCAUUUCGAAGCAUGGCGCAGUGCCCUACUUCAGUCUCUUCAAUGUCCAGAAAUUGGGAGGCAUUGGCGUUGGAAACUUUUUUUUAUGGCUGCUUCAGUCACUGUCUUCAUCCCUUUUCUUUUUCUGGUGGCACAUGUUCUUGUUCUACAAUUUCUAGUUCCUUGAAAUGGAACAACCGUUUUACGCUCAGGAAGUAGUUGUGGUCUUUAUUCAACAUUUUCAUUUUCCAACUCUAAUCUUAUCCGGGGACGCAAGCCGGCUUGACGAGAAGUACGCUCUGUAUCAGAUUGCGGUGCGAUGGCCCGCCGAGCACGCGUUUGAAGGUUGCGCUUCUUCCGCUGAUUGCAUAGAGUUGCAACUCUUGCACGUUGGCGAGGAUCUUUCUCAAGCAUGGGUGAGUUUCGGCUUCAGCCCGGCUGUGGAACCGGUCACUCCGUCAUUGCUGGCGCAGUUGUUUCAGAUCAAUCCGGCAACGGGUCAGCGUACUCAGCAAGGGGAACCCGAGGACGUGCUCAGCGCCGAGUUGGCUGUAGACGAAGAAAUUCCUAUCGGCCAAUUAGACUUGGAAAGCCUCUUUGUACCGCUAGACGAUGACAGUGAUGCAGUCCCGGUCCCGCGGCCGAUCGGUGAUGCGGAAAGAACGUUGAUAGAAGGCGUUUUCGGCGCAGAUAGGUCGCGAUCUCCAGCUGAGAACGCCACAGCUACAGCCGCUGUGGAUGAGGAGGUUGCAGCAGAGGUGCUGGUUGUCAAUGCCACAAAAACACAGGCAAGCGCAAAAAUGGCGGAGUAUUUCGAGAUGCCAUCUCGCAGCAACGCAGCUCGAAAUUUCGGCUCCGCGACAGGUAGUGGACUUGGAUCGUUAGGCUCAUCCACGGCUGGUGGUGGGAGCCGUGCGGGGGCUGGAUUUUCAUCCCUCGGUGGUGCGUCGUCAAAUUUCCCACGGAAGAGCCGAUGCUCAGGCAGUCAAAGAAAAAAGACGAAUGUUACGGGGAGUUGCUCCUAGGUGUAGAUAUCUACUAAGCGAUCAUAGAUGACGAGACUCCCUGUGGUUAUUCAUAGAGACCUACGGGACUCCCUUGGUAUUCCAAUUUAGUACUCAUCUUAGGAGGACGGUGGUGCAUUUGUAAUUGUAGGUAAGAAAAACUAGGUCCUCUAAUAGUUCGACUUCUUCACCUGUGCGUUUCCUGGAAUACGAGGAUGCAGGUCGACCAGGCGUGGCGGCUCCCUAUGGGCGCACAAGGUGGUUCGUUCGCACCGAUACCGUUUUUCCCGUGAGAACUACCGUUUUUGAAAAAAUCAAGGAUUUCAUCAAACAGAAGCAAGCAGAUGGGAAUGCACGCGCUCCUUUCGAAGACCCUACGUUUUUUGCCUCUUUAUUGCCAGCUCCUUCAACUGGCAGUGGUGCGGCUGGGUCUGGUUCUUCGGUAGCAAAUGCUUUCGGCAGCACCUCAACUCAUGGAUCCACCUCUUUACAGGAUACUCCACCACUGCACGCCUCCUUGUUAGUGAAGAACAAGAUUGCUACAAUGGCAAAGACGAAGUCAAAAACCUUGUCAAAAACAUAUAGGAAGCAAUCUACAAGUACAUCAUCUUCUAGAUCGUCUAGAAGCUAUGUGCACAUAAUGCGCUCGGCGAUUUGGAAAUUCAAUCAGGACGCUGUAAAGAGGCUCGUGCAUCGCAAGAACAAGAAGACCAUGAAGAGGAGAACCUCUGCUUUUGGGUUUCUAGAUCAACAACAUCGCAUCCAAAGCGGACUGGACGUCGACCGCAGCAGUAGUACGACAACAAAAACUAUAUUUUCAAGCCGGCGCGCUUUUUCUAGAAGUGCGACUACUACUACUCAAAAAAACAAGACCACGUUCGUGGACAGCCCACCAGUGUGCCGAGCCGCCAAGGUAGUUGCGGCGACUGCCGCGCGGCCUCUGAUAGCGCCUGCAGCUGUUGUGCCGGUCAGCGCACGUAUGCAGAAAAUUGGUGAUUUGUUAAACGGGGUGAUUGCGGAAAAUACGACGGGUUCCCCUUCCCCUACAACGGAAGCAGCCGCGGAAGUUCAAGGAGCGACUUUGGCAGAGGCAGCGUCGUCUGGAGCAUUGUCAGACGAUGAAGAAGAAGCCCUUGAUCCUCUCGGCUCUCAAAGCACAACAGCUUCUUUAACACAUGCCACCGCGGCUCCCUCCUGGUCGAGAGCAUCUUCUUCUGAUCAAGGUCAAGGAGCUACUAGAGCACUACCAGAACAGCAAGAAAACGACAUGACGAUCGAUUGCACCUCCUGUGGGCCGAUGGGGAUCGCCUAUCGACAUCCCGACGUCGUAAGCCGCUCCAAGACUUCCCGUUCACCCUCUGAACUUGCCACCCACUGCAUUCUUGUCAAUUAUGAGAAACAAGCUACUUAUUUUAAUAGCAAGAGCAACUCUUAGAGACCGUCGAGGACCUAUCUUCGUGCCUCAUUAAUACUUCACUUCUUGAUCAUCAUCAACAUCAUCAUCCAUUAACGACGUCAGAUGUUUCUCGGUUUCUAAUGAAAGCAAGCCGCACGGGCAGCGAAGAAAUUGCGUGAGCGUACCCUGAUGCUUGGUGUAAAGGCCGCACGGUGCCAGAAGGUACUCGCGGACAAUAUUUUCGAGCCCUUUGCCCAAUACGCUCAGUGCCACAAUUCGCGUCAACGCAUACUAGACGAGCUGGCGUCAGCGCGAGAAGCCCAGCGGGUCGCUGACCAAGAGGUAGCCCGGACGCAAGAAGACAAAGGAGUUGCUAUCUCUCGAGCCCAAGACAUCUUGGAGCAUAUGGAGGCAGCGGCCAGUCGUGCCAGAUCUACCACGACAGCUGGUGCAACAUCAGGAUCAGCAACCUCGUCGACCGCAUCAUCAGCUAGCGAGACCAUAGAAGGAGGAGGUGGCGCGACAGGAACCACUACUGGUGAGUCAUCUUCUGCAGAUAUUGAUAUGGACAACUCGCCUUCAUCUGUAUCGAAAAGCACAGGAGAAAGUAGAACAAGUACAACUUCAGUUGUUACCAUAAUUUCACCACCUACAGUCGUUGACGAGGAGGACAAGGAAGCCGCUGAAAAGGAGGCGAUAGCAGUUCCGGCACUUGACUCUCUGGUUUGCCCUGACCUCGAGCCACCACGGACUGAAAUGGCCUGCGCACUCAAAGCACUAGACCCUUUCACCCGGGAUUUACGGCACCAAACAUAUUAUAUCUUCUUCCUUCCUCAUCGUUCACGUUCUUCAUAAGAACCCUUUAACAACUAUUAGCAACUAUAUCUUUUCCAUAAACACAAAUUAGAAACCAAGAAAAAACUCAACAAAAGGUAGUUCUCCACCGUUCUUGUUGAUCAUGAGACCAGGGCUUUAGAAUUUUCAAAAACAUAUGAAAUAGAAUAUGCAACUACGUUUUCUAAAUUCUGACGCCAUGGCGUGCGCAGGAGGGGUCUCGGCCGAUGCCAUCUUUCGUUUCGGGGAUCCUACUGUGGUUGACGAUGAAAUGGAUGCGGCGUAUGAUGUUGAAUAAAACGAUACACACACAUCCUCCAUCAGGUGUUGAAGUGAAGUCUUCUUCAACAGGAUGAGGAUGACUGCCAUUCUGCUUAGUCUUUGCUAGACGAUUACAAUACACUGCUAGGGGCUCCCGGUAGUGCUUGACGACAAGAACGUACUCCUCCAUGUCGACAGCUCCUCCAUGUCGACAACGGACUUCGUGUUAAUAUUUUUUUCUUGUUUUUUCCCUAAAUUUUUCUUCAACUGCAACAACGUUGUAGUUCCGACCACAGAUAUCAUGAUGGAUGCCGUGCAAAAGGUUUCAAGC